UAACCGAUCCUCCUUCACCAGUGGAGACGUGGGGAUGGACGGCAGUUGUUCCAGCAGCUGGGCAGUGGGCCCCACUGUACCCAGUGACUCUCCAGACUCUCCAGUAGGCUGCCUGGCCCCCACUCCUGGAGCUGCUGUGUACAACAGUACACCCUCCUCUGUGGACCGGCCCAAGGACCAAGUGAUGAGCAGUAGCGAUGGAAUUGACUUGCCCCAGAAGGUGCUGUUCUCACCAGAUCGGCUCAGCCUAAAGUGGGCCGAGGUUCACCGCAUUGGUGCAGGCCUCCAGAACAUGGGGAACACCUGCUUCCUCAACUCAGCCCUGCAGUGUCUCAGCUACACCCCUCCUUUAGCAAACUACAUGCUGACGCGGGAGCACUCCAAAACAUAUUGGACAGGCAAACGCAGGCAACCUCUUUCAUCCAUCAAGUGUUUGGCGGGAAAGAAAAUGCAGCAGGCCUUGGAAAUGAUCCUGAGUGAAGUCAACCCUUGUGACUCGGAUGGAGAAGACCUACAACUUCAGCCGGAUUCGGACUCGGAGCUGUCUGAUCAGUCUUCAGACCUGACAAGAGCUGUUAACGAACUCCGUGAGGAGGUCAGAGCCAUCCGCAAUACCGGCUGCAAUGAAUCGGUAGAUGCUGGGGUACUGCCUCUGGAUUUGCCCUUGCACAACAUUGAGGAGCUAAACAAUGCAGAGGCACCUCUUCAAUCACAAGAGGCAAAUAAGGCAAUGGUGAGACGCUUUACCUUGAUUGGAGGGACCACACUGGAGGUGCGAGUCCGCCGUGUAAUGGCUUAUGCCAUUACAAACGAGCUGGCCUCGGAGCAGUAUCAGUCCAAGUAUCAGUCCAAGCCUAGUUCUAGUUGCAAUGAAAAACGAUCUUCCCGAGACAGGAAAAGACUGUACUCUAGCUCUGGCAGAGAUAGAGAAAAACACUACAGGGAUAGGAGUCACGAACGAGAAAGCGACGAUGAUCGUCACCGGUACAGACGGGACUACAAAGACAGUCACCACCGCCAGUACAGGGAUUGUUUCCCCCUUUCUGGACGUUACUACAGGGAAUGGGAGGCCGAUCGUCACCGGGAGCAAACCUUCCAGCACCCUCGGGAGCGUGAUCGCGACAGGUGCUCUAACCAUUACUACCGCUACCGGUCAAGAGAGGACAUUGACCAUGAGCGAAGGGGAUAUGGUUACUCCCACCGAGAGGAGUCUCGUGGCAGUCGGAGGUGGUUGCAGGAUAGUAAAGACUCCUGGACAAUUAAGGAUAAGAACAAAGAGGUUCAAAAUCGCAAGAGGACUCUCGGCAAAGACAGGGACGACAGCUCUGAGGCCCGCCACACUAAAAAACACAAAAAGAGUAAGAAAAAGAAGAAAUCAAAGGAUAAAGACAGACACCGUGAGAGUGGUUGCUACUAUGUAUUCUCUGCAUUAUGGAGUGUGAGGUUUUUCCUCUCUCUCUCUGUUCAUAUAGACUGCUCCAAAUGUCUCCAAAGCUCUGAAGCAGUUUGUCAAGCCAGAACAGCUGGAUGGCGAAAAUGCUUACAAAUGCACCAAGAUGUGAAGUAUUUGGAGCAUCUGGAUCUGCGGCCCUUCAUGUCUCAGUCCCACGGGGAGCCCCAGCUCUACAGGCUGUAUGCUGUGCUGGUUCACUCUGGAUUGAGUUGUCAUGCUGGACACUAUUUCUGCUAUAUUAAGGCCAGCAAUUUGCAGUGGUUUCAGAUGAAUGACUCGUCCGUGUCAGUCAGUGACAUUAGGACCGUUCUCAACCAGCAGGCAUAUGUCCUCUUCUACAUCAAGUGCACAGAUGUGAAAAAAACUGGGGACUACAGCCACUUGAACCAUAACGCUGGCAUAUCUGGUCAGUCAUCUCCCCGGCCGGUGGUGAUCCCACGCACCAUCGCCACCAUGCAUCAGAACAGUGUUGGCUUCAUAGGUCCCCAGCUGCCACCACACAUGAACAAGAGUUCUCUUCAUGUUAAUGGAUCUCUGAGGGACUAUCCCACAAGCUCCAAGCCCAGCACGGUGGGGAAACCAAACCAUGGACUAGCUUCUUCUGCUUCCAUCUCCCACUCAGUAAGCCAGCCCACAAUGAUUCUAGACAGCGACAAACAACAGAAGCUUUCAUUUUCAAUUGGGCAAAGCAAACCGAACCGCCCAUCUGCUUCUUCCUCCUCUUACUGCCAGCCGUCCUCCGCCAGCAGCUCCUCCUCCUCCAGCUCUUUGUCCUCCUCACAGUCUACCUCAGACAUCCAACCAGACGUUCGUUUUAUUCCGCGUCCACUAAACCAAGUCAGCGGCAUGCCUUUCAGUAAUGGGGAUCAGAACCCUGUAGGAAGCGGGGCGUCCUUCCUGGUGCCGGAUAGCCAAGAGGAAUCAGACCAAGAGAACUGUGACACUCUGGAUAACGGCAGUUCAUCCAAGUCUCAUCCUAAUGAAAAUAAAGACACAGGAAAUGUCUUUGAUAAUUCUCCCAAAACCGCCAAUGGGGAGUCAGGAGUGCACCAUCACGGCAAUGGAUUAAAUGGACAAGCGUAUGGAGACUUCAAAUCCAGCCAAAAUGGGCACCACAAUGGUCAUCACAAAGUGAAUGGACACAGCGGCCCUGACAAGGUAAAUCUUGUCUUUAUUUUUAUAAGUUCAAGGGCUCCCCGCCACAGGCUCACCUUUCCUCUCCAGACAAAGAGGAUCAAAAUCGCAAGAGGACUCUCAGUUCUGAUGGAUCACUUAUAA